UCCUGUGUCUUGACAGUUGGAGGCGCUGCAGGGGACCUGAGGCCGCCGGAGAAGACUCCGCAUUUCAAGGAAUACAGUCACAAAGAAUGGUGGAGGAUAACCGGACAAAACAGAUAAUGAACACACCGAAUACACGCCGUGCGAACCGGGCCGUGGUCGUUUGGAGUCAGCCGGCUCAAAUCUCAGCUCUCUCAUCCCCGGUCAGUGGACGUCGGUAGCCGCCUGCCCGGCUUGCUAGCCCCGCAGUCCUUCAAACCCUCCGCUCCACAAUCACGGAUCUGCUGGGGCUUUUUUUUAAUAACGGCAUUACGAAAGCUAGCCAGCAUCCGACGGAGCUCACUGGAGCAUAUGACGCCCGCUUGCUCUCGCUGAAGCGGCGGUGUAACCUUCAGGUCCCGUAUUGCGGCUCUGACCGCUAGGACCGAGCUAGCAUCCUCUGGAGUCGGAUGGACGAGCGGCUCUGCAUCCCUGCAGCCCGGGACGCGUUCAGGCUGCUGCUGGAAUGCUAACUAACGAGGAAGUGGCUCGAACAUGACGGGAGGCGUUUCGUCCCUCAGGCUCGUCGGCGCUGCUCAGACAUUUCCUAGAUGCCAGGUGUAAUGACCGUCCCCCAGCAUGCCUGUGGCCGGCCGUGCCUGCCUCCAGCCCUGCGGAUGACACUCACACAGGUAGCGGCGGUUCAGAGCGAGCAGCGGCGGCGCGGACACACCGUCGCCGGGUAGCGCCGACAGACUUGACGUGAGCUUGCUAGCGCUGAGCUAGGCGGCUAACAGCACAAUAUAUAACCCCCCCUCCCCAACUACACCAAUGGUGUCCCAUAAGGUUUUAGUGGCAAUAAUCCUGCUGAACGUGUAUAUAGGUGUACAGUCUGUUUUCUACUUGUUCGGCGGCGUCCUUUUAACGGUCCUCUUUGCUAUGGCAUUUCUAAACGGACCCAGGCUGCUGGACUGGGCGAGUUCACCUCCACAUCUUCAGUUCAACAAAUACGUCCUGACGGGAUACCGGCCGAUCUCCUCCGUGCAGGACUGCAUCAGGAGCCUGUUUUACCUGCACAAUGAACUUGGAAACAUUUACACUCACGGCAUCCCUUUGGUUUGCUUCCUGGUGCUGCUGCCGCUCAACAUCCCCUGGUCCCAGAUCAGCGUCACAUGGUUGGGCGUGGUGCACUUCCUGGCCUGCCUGUCGCCCCAGCUGGGCUCGGUGCUCUACCACCUCUUCAUGAACCACGAGGGGGGCGAGCCGGUCUAUCACACCCUCCUCAAGCUCGACGUUUGUGGAAUCUGCAUGAUCAACACGCUGGGUGCGCUGCCCAUUGUCUACAGCACGCUGUUGUGCUACCCAUUCAUCCGCACUGUGGCCCUGUUAGUCUACAUCCUGCUGUCCAGCCACGCCAUCUACUGCGCCGUCACGGCUCGCAGUAGCGUGCGGCGGCUGCGCUCCUUCGCCUGGCAGGCUCUGUUCCGCUUCUCCUUCUUCCUGCUGCGCUGGGUGGGCGUGGGCGGCGGCAGCCCCACCUCGCUACGCCACUUCCUCACGAUGGACGCGCUGGCCGUGCUGGGCGGGGUCAUCAACAUCACGCGCAUCCCGGAGCGCUUCCGGCCGGGCCUCUUUGACUACUGGUGCAACAGCCACCAGAUCAUGCAUGUACUGGUGGUGGGCUCCAUCCUCUACCUGCACUGGGGCGUCCUGGACGACCUGCUGUGGAUCAACAGCUACAACUGUCCCUCAGACUGACCCCCACAACAGCCCCCACCCCCCAACGAGGAGCGCCGGGACAUAACGAUGAAGGACAUC